CAUGAUCCCGCUGUGAGGCGUAGGCUGAGCGGCGCGGGGGGGCGGGGGAAGACGGGGACGGCACGGUGAAGUUCUCCGCCAUGAACCUGAGGGGCCUCUUCCAGGACUUCAAUCCGAGGCUUUGAGCUCCCCGAAGCACCGACCACUUCCUGGUCUUCUCCUUCCCAUUGCACCUGCACCCACCUCAGCUGACAUGCUGUAGACACUUAUGAAAUGUCUGUGGAAGUAAACUGAUUCAAAAGGAUUGGAGGCUAGGUCACGCGGAACCAAGUGAUUUUCUGCCUCUCUUUGACCUCUGUUAAAUUCCUCAUUUAUGCCUGUCUGCUGCUGUUCUCUGUGCUGCUGGCCCUUCGUCUGGAUGGCAUCAUUCAGUGGAGUUACUGGGCUGUCUUUGCUCCAAUAUGGCUGUGGAAGUUGAUGGUCAUUGUUGGAGCCUCAGUUGGAACUGGAGUCUGGGCACGAAAUCCCCAAUAUCGAGCAGAAGGAGAGACCUGUGUGGAGUUCAAAGCCAUGCUAAUCGCUGUGGGCAUCCACUUGCUGCUGCUUAUGUUUGAAGUCCUGGUCUGUGACGGGAUUGAGAGAGGAAGUCAUUUCUGGCUUCUGGUCUUCAUGCCACUAUUCUUUGUUUCUCCGGUGUCUGUUGCCGCCUGUGUCUGGGGUUUUCGACAUGACAGGUCACUAGAGUUAGAAAUCCUGUGUUCUGUCAACAUUCUUCAGUUUAUAUUCAUUGCCUUAAGACUGGACAAGAUCAUCCACUGGCCCUGGCUUGUCGUGUGUGUGCCCCUGUGGAUCCUCAUGUCCUUUCUGUGCCUGGUGGUCCUCUAUUACAUCGUCUGGUCUGUCUUGUUCCUGCGCUCCAUGGAUGUAAUUGCUGAGCAGCGCAGAACACACAUAACCAUGGCACUGAGUUGGAUGACCAUUGUCGUGCCUCUUCUUACUUUUGAGAUUCUGCUGGUUCACAAACUGGAUGGCCACAACGCUUUCUCCUGCAUUCCAAUAUUUGUCCCACUGUGGCUCUCACUGAUCACACUGAUGGCAACUACAUUUGGACAGAAGGGCGGGAACCACUGGUGGUUUGGCAUUCGCAAAGAUUUCUGCCAGUUUCUGCUUGAAAUCUUCCCCUUUUUGAGAGAAUAUGGAAACAUUUCAUACGAACUCCACCAUGAAGAUAAUGAGGAAAUGGAUGAAAGCCCAGUUCCAGAACCUCCUAAAAUUGCACCAAUAUUUCGCAAGAAGGCCAGGGUGGUUAUCACCCAGAGCCCUGGAAAGUAUGUUCUUCCACCACCCAAAUUAAAUAUUGAAAUGCCAGACUAAAGGACACCAGUGGGGACAGAGUGUGAGUGGACUGGGACAUACACUCCCCCUUCCUUUGCCCCGAUCAAGGCCUGAAAUAGAGCAGGGCCUCCAGGGACCUCCAUCUCCAGGCUCGUUUGCAUCCAGUGCCAACCAGCCACUCACCAGAGCAGGAUGCAGGGACGACAGUGCACUGGAGGUGUCUGUGGAUGUGGAUGCCGGGGAUGUGUGAGAAAGGGAGGAAACCACUCCCCUUCACUUGGGCACUUGGGUGUGCUUGUCCAUGCAGUACCCACACGGGAAUGACCACUGCUACACCUGCAGAAGGACUGUCUGUGGAUGCCUUGGCCAGCGGGGCUUCAAUGGGAGCACAGACCCUAGAGAACUUGAAAUGGAAGGGACAAGAGACACAAGGAACCGACAGCAAGACAGGAGUCUGAUCAAGCUGCAAUUUUUAUUUUUCUCAGGGCACCUUUUAUACAGCAGAAGAGGGGAGUUUGUCAGUAGUUUAGGUAUUGCUAUAAUUCUGUUUUGACAGGAUAAGGUCAUAGGCCCAAGGCCAAAGAUUAACGACUUUAACAAACAGUUGCAGGCUUUGUGACUUUCCAGAACAGACAAAAUGGAGUCAUUACUCAAGACAGAGGCACUUUUGGUUGCCGAGUGCCCAGAAGCCUGACCAUAAACUGGCCUUUUGCAAAACAUAUGCUUCUGUAAGCAGUCUGCUGACCAAGCAGGCCCAGGCAAAAUGGAGAGGCUUUUGCUCUAUGGCUCCCGA